GAUUUCGGUCUUUCCGAAAGGUCUGCUCCGGGUAUUUAUUUUCCUGUGCAACCCUGCCCCUGCCUUGCCAGACGGCGUCUGCCUCAGAAGCUCGCAGCGAUUUCCUCCCGAGCCUGCCCUUAUCUCGCUCUGCACGUUGCCUCUCGGUGACUAAUGACACAAUAACAUUGUCUCGGGAUAAAAUAAAGUAGGAGCGCUGUUUACUCCGCUCUGUAGGGGAGCGGUAUAAAAGGAGCCGCCGAGAGCCAGCGCGGGCAGAAGCUCGCAGGGAGCCUCGCUGCAACACGGAGACGCCGCCUCACUGCUGCCUAGCGGAUUGCGGAGUCCUUUCGUCUUCCUUGGAUCCUUGGCGAGCAAGCACAGUCGCUCGGCUACUACCUGCAACCUGCUGCGGGAGCAAACGGGGUUUAAAGGGGGAGUUCCAUUCGCUUGCCUUGGGUUUACCAGAAGAGUCGUCGGAAUGGAUUACACGCGACUGAUCCUUCCCUUGCUCUUUGUGAUCAGCCACACAGCUGCUGCAGCAGACGCGGAGCUCGGCGCCUCCGAGAGCGCCCAAAGGCAGCCUUCGAGCGCCCCCUGGCCGCUGCGCAGGUCCAAGCGCUGCUCCUGCUCUUCCCUGAUGGAUAAGGAGUGUGUCUAUUUCUGCCACCUGGACAUCAUCUGGAUCAACACUCCCGAGCGAAUUGUGCCAUAUGGGCUUGGGAGUCCUUCUCGAUCAAGGCGGUCACUGGAAGAUUUACCUCUUGGAAGACAUGGAAGAUGCCAGUGUGCUAACCUAAAAGACAAGAAGUGCACAAGCUUCUGCGAGACUGGAAAAGAACACUGGACUCAGUCCACCACAGAGAAAGGCUGGAGAAAUCUUCAUAAAGAUAGAGGUUGCAAAGGGCUUGGAUUGAAAUGUGCGUUCAGACAACUUGCUAACAGCAAGAAAAUGAGAAGGUUGGAUGCCAUCGGUAAUAGUAUCAAAGCGUCUUUUAAUAUUGCCAAACUGAAGAGCAGGCUGCACAAACCAAAGCAGAUGAAGCAUAACCGAACAUAUCAAAAGCAAAAUAUUUGGGAAAGCCUGAAGACGACGUCUUAGUGGAAAGAUCACCAACCCUAAUCCUCGAGUCAUCACGAAUUACUGACAAAGCAUUGCUGAAGCUCUGUUUUGACUUCUUAACAUUCCACUCCAGGAAAAGAUCAAGGAGUGUUGUUCUAAAUAUUAACUCUCUGAAAGUAGAGGAGGGCCCAAAUAAAUCUUCCCUUUGGACAGAUGACAAAGCAGUUAAAUACUGCCAUCUUCUUGGAAUUCCAUUGAAUGGGUUGGGUCAGAAAGCAUCCCUUCAACUGGUUUUCUUUUUCGGUGGGCUGUCAGAUGAAGAAAGGGCAAAUCUGGGCCCCAUUUCUUAAGAGAGGGUAAAAUUGAAGCAGUGAUCUUAUAUGGUUUGGCAGGCUUCUCUUAACAUAUAAUGCAAGCUCUUUUGGGAUCAGGAAGAUCAGAAAUGAAGAGGUCAAGAUCUGAAAGAGAAGACUUGCAUCGUUUUGACUUAAAUUAAAAUGGAAAAUGACUGUGCUACUUUGAUCAGGACACACAUCCUACAUAACAACUCUACCUCAAAUGCUCUUAUGUUGCACUCUUGCCAAAGUAUUGUUAAAACUUUUUUGUGUGACCUUCAAGCAUCUGUUACAACCUCUUAUUUUUUAAUCAUUCAUAAAUGCCAGUAGCUCGCCAUUUUGUAGCUCUGAACUUUCAAGGCUGCGGAUAAAAAUGGUUUUCUACACUCUGUGCUAACAAAGGAAAGAAACUAACAGGCCCCAUCCUAAAGACAGCACAGAUUCCUGGGAAGUAGAUCUCACUGCCUUUCUGCUUUUGCAGUGCAAUCCUGUGUCUUAACUUGGAAGCAACUCCUAUUGAGCUCAAUGGGACUUGCUCCCUGGUAAGUGUGUAUACGAUUGCAGCCUCAGAUAAGCAAGCUUGGGAUUGAUGUGCACGAGCUUGGCAGAAAUGAAGUUUAGCUUAACACAAUAAACUGCAUGAACACUCAGUGCAAGAGGAGAUCUGACAGCAUUUAGUGUAAUGUGGAGAUGCGGAUAACAAAUAUCCUAAUAAGAGGUAGAUGCUGCAUUGGCACGAUCUCUUGAAAUGAAAGUCUGUAUGGCAGCAGGUGGCUUAAAAAUAAGACAAAAAAGCAGUGGAUGUUCAUAGCAGUGGGUUUAUAAGACAAUUCGCUGAAUAAGGUCUGGAUUGUAAUUUUGUAUGAUGUGGCAUGUUUUUUAAUCUAUAUAUUGUAUUUAUAUUCAUGAAACUGACAUUAUAUUUACCAUGUUGAAUAUUCAUUGAAACAGGCCAUAUUGGUCUAUGCAUGUCUUAUGUAUUUCUGUAUGAAAUUAGGGGAAAUGCCUUAUGUCUGUUAAGGUAAACAUAUAAGAAAUAAAUAUUUUUAACUACUGCA